AGACUCUCACUUAUCUUGCAUUCUGAACGAGUCCCUUAAAAGACGUAAGAAAUGCAAAUGGAAUGUAUGCUUCAGUGCUCUGCAAACUGCGUCCCAUUGACGCCAAUCAACUUCCUUGAGAGGGCAGCUCAUGUCUAUGGAGAUAAGACUUCCAUUGUUUAUGGAACUACUGUAAGAUUUUCAUGGAGAGAAACGUAUGAAAGGUGCCUCAAACUCGCUUCUGCUUUGCUCAACUUGCAGAUUUCUCAGGGUGAUAUUGUGGCAGCUUUGGCUCCAAAUGUUCCAGCACUUUAUGAACUCCAUUUUGCAGUUCCAAUGGCUGGGCUAGUUCUUUCUGCACUUAACACCAGGUUGGAUGCAGCCAUGGUGGCAUCAAUUCUCCAACAGCUUGAGGCCAAAAUCAUGUUUGUUGAUUAUCAGUUUGUUGAACUUGUCCUCAAAGCAUUCAACAUACUCUCUCAGACAAGUGUUAAGCCACCUCUCCUUGUGGUGAUCCCAGAGUUUGAUGUUGAAGCAGCAGAUUCUUUAAUGGUGAAUAAUCCACCGCCUGGUAGUUUGGAUUAUAAUGAUGUUCUUAAGAUGGGAAAGUCCGAUCAUUUUGAGAUGAUACAACCAGAAAAUGAAUGUGCUCCAAUUUCGGUGAACUUUACUUCAGGCUCAACAGGGCAUCCUAAAGGGGUGGUUUACAGCCACAGAGCUGCUUAUCUCAAUUCAUUGGCACAAAUUUCUCGCUGUGGCAUGGGGGAAAUGCCUGUGUUUCUUUGGACAGUCGACAUGUUUCGGUGCAAUGGCUGGUGUUGCACUUGGGCACUUGCUGCUCUUGGUGGCACCAAUAUUUGCCUUAGAACUGUCUCCGCGAAGAUUAUAUUUGAUUCGAUAUUCCUUUGCAAUGUCACUCACUUUUGUGGAGCACCAGCCCUCUUGAACAUAAUCUCAAACGCCUCAACAAGCGAGAAAAAGCCACUUCAGAACAAGGUGUAUGUUGUCAUUGCUGGUGCAUUGCCAACGGUGCAAAUCCUUGAGAAAGUUGCAGAAUUGGGGUUCAACAUUGGACAUGCAUAUGGAAUGACAGAAGUCCUUGGCAUAGCUACCGUUCGGCCCUGGAAACCUGAAUGGGAUUCUUCAACAAUUGAUGAAAGCGAAAAGAUUAGACGUCGUGAGGGCCUUCACAGCCUUUUCAUUAAAGGGGUUGAUGUCAAAGAUCCUAAUACAAUGAAAAGUGUACCAUUUGAUGGGAAAAGAAUUGGUGAGAUAAUGUUUAAGGCCAAUGGUAUAAUGUUGGGGUACCUUAAAAAUUCGGAAGCAACGCAGGAAGUUUUCAGGGAUGGAUGGUAUCAUACUGGGGAUCUUGCAGUUAGACAUCCUGAUGGUUACAUACAAAUAAAGGACCGGAAAACCGAUAUCAUCAUUUCUGGGGCAGAGACUAUAAGCUCACUAGAAGUGGAAGCAGUCUUGUUAAGUAAUCCAAAAGUUUCGGAGGCUGCUGUUGUUGGAAAACCUGAUGAUCAAUUGAAGCAGGUGCCUUGUGCUUUUGUGAAAUUGAAGGAGGGUUGUGAUUCAAAUCCUGAAGAGCUUAUUAAAUUUUGUGAGGAUCAUUUACCAGGUUAUAUGGUUCCCAGGUCAGUGAUUUUUGAGGAUAUACCAGUCAAUUCAACAGGAAAGGUGCAGAAGUUUACUCUCAGGGAGAAGCUCAGCCAAUCCCAUUGAUCAUAGCUUAUUUUUAUGAUUAAACUUUCACAUUAUUUCCUAAAUAUGUCACUUUAUUAGUUUCUGUAAGAGACACACUGGCCAAGAUUUCAAUUUGUCUACUUAAGAUCCAAGCUUGCAUUGCAUGGUACAA